ACCGCCGGUUGGUCUCCCCGUCGACUCUCUUGUCCCGACCGUUUCUCCUCCCAUCACCCCACGAACCGAUUCCGCACUUUAGCUCCUCCUUAAUUUUCUUUUUUGAGGCCAGCUCCUCCUUAUUUUUCUCCAAUUCGUAAAUGAGGCAAAACUCAAGGUAGGGCGGCCGCCCUACCUUGCCCUGCUUGGUCCUCCGCCUGUGCUUAGAAGAGCACAUCUGUCCUGAGCUCCUAGCAGUUUGCUAACUCAUGUUGUAUGCUCAUCUUUACCUUUGUAUCAGCAUCCCUAUUGGGAGAAGCAAUGUCGGGAGUAAUGCCUAAGUUCGCUGUUGCAUCCAUGGUGAUGUGGAUGGCCCCAGCUGCAAUUUUGUAUGGGUUUCACCACCAACUUUUCCCAGGUGUAAUUCAGCUUUCAUCCUCGGCGCAAACUCUGGUCAGUGGUUUCCUUGCUGUCAUAUCGGUUAAUCUGGUGAUCGGCUUCUACAUAUACAUGGCGUUGAAGGAGACUCCCGCCAAAGAGCCACAACCUGAUGCAGCCUUCCUGGCGAAUGCUAAAGCAAGUAUUAACCGGCCAAUAUCUUCUCAAGUAGGUGAUGAUUCCCAAGGGAAGGAAAGAUGGAGUAGGAAGAAUUUGAGAAGAGUGCUCUUUUGAGAAGUAGGGGAGCUAUGAAUCUUUUGUACUAUAUAAAUCUAUGCUUGCCUUAACUCAUGGUGAAGCAGUGUGUCCUUACUACAGCUUGUUUGCAUGCCUAAAUGGGUGAAUUUAUGUAUCUGCCUGAAACUAUUUGAGAUUUAAUUUUCUUUUGCAACAUAAUUAUACUGAAUCUUUUCUGUUCAAUGACUGAUUACUGUUGAAUAUAUUAGGUUUAUUAUUA